AUGAAACAACGAGCGAAAUUGGAAGCGGCCAAAGUGAGGCUAAAAUUUGCUGAGAAAGAGGCCGAAUUGCAAAAAUCCCUUCAGCUGUUAAAAUCACAAAGAGAACUGGACGAGGCAGCAGCCGAGCUCAAGGCUAUGGAUGACGUUAUUGACACUGGUAGCCCUAUCAGACAUUGUUCACAAGCACCGUCGGAGGAUGAGGAGUUACACAGGAAGUCUAGGACAGUUGAAUUUGUGCAAAGUCAAGCCGAAAAUUUGAACACCGGUUAUGAAACAUCCGACCCCUAUUCACAUAAAGUGCCGUUAAACGUUGAGGCUCGAGAAUUCACCCCAGGUCAGUGUGUAACUGGACUGAAUGAUUUGACCAAAUUUAUGCUAAAGAAAGACUUGCUUAUGGGUAGACUCACUCAGUUUACUGAUAAACCCGAGGAGUAUCGUGUCUGGAAAAUGUCAUUCCUAAAUGUUGUAAAGGAACUUGAUGUAAGCCCUCAAGAACAAUUAGACUUAUUAUCGAAAUGGUUGGGGCCAGAAUCUCGAAAACAGGCUGUAAGUCUACGUGCUGCAAACAUACACGACCCACCCCAAGCCUUGUGUAAAAUCUGGACUAGGCUCAGUGAGAAGUACGGCGCGCCCGAGCAAAUUGAGUUAUCUUUGAGGGAAAGGCUAAACAAAUUCCCGAAAUUAACGAACCGAGAUGGUCAGAAAUUAUUUGAUCUUUCGAACAUAUUGGCGGAAAUUCAGGCAGUAAAGGAAAACACGGCGUUCAGCUCGAUAAUGGCGUACUACGAUUCGUCCAGCGGUAUAAACCCAAUUGUUUGCAAGUUACCCGUGUUCAUACAGAACAAAUGGAGUGACUAUGCGUGCAGAUAUCAAACCGAGCACAAUGUUACAUAUCCGAAAUUCAGUGUUUUCGAGAGGUUCAUACAGGAAAUGAGCUCGCGAAUGAACAACCCGAGUUUCAAUUACACCGAUGGUACUGCGGUACCUAGCGUCAGCAAAGAACAACGUCGUACUGCGUCUACUGGAAGUAGGAAUGCAUACGUCUUUUCAAAGAAAACGGAAGUUAAUAAUGUGCCUACAGCAUUUUUGUGCCCACUUCAUGACAGUGCGAGAGAAGUGAAGCAUUUGUUAUCAGGUUGCCACCUGUUUCUAUCGAAAUCCAAGGACGAAAAGAGGGAAAUUCUCUUAAAACACGGCGUGUGCUUUAAGUGUUGUAAGGACAAACAUUUGGCCAAGGACUGUACAGAAAAAGUAAUCUGUAUUGUGUGUAAAGGUUCAUCGCAUUGCACCAUGUUUCAUGAUGACAAAUAUCAGCCCCGUCAGUCUCACGGCGAGGAAAGGACAAGUAUCAGGGGAGACAAUCGUAAGAUAAAUUCCAAGUGUACACAGUUGUGCGGUGAAACCGGUCCCUUCGUGGGGAAAUCGUGUGCAAAAACGGUGUUAGUAAAUAUCUACAAGGACGGACAACUUAAUAAUGUGUUGCGUGCUUAUGCCAUUAUAGAUGAGCAGAGCAAUCGGACAUUGGCCAAAAGUGAGUUCUUCGAUUAUUUUGGAGAUCAUUCUACGGAAACCGGAUACGUACUUUCAUCAUGUGCCGGUGAAAUUCAGGUAACCGGGAGGCAAGGCAGCGGAUACGUAAUGGAAUCAUUGGACAAGGAAUACUCAUUAAAAUUACCGUUGAUUACAGAAUGCAAUCAUAUUCCGAAUGUGAAACAGGAAAUACCUACACCGGAAGUUGCACGACACUAUAGUCACAUGCAGGACAUUGCUCAUCUUAUCCCAGAGUAUGAAAACGAUACGCCCAUAUUGCUUCUCGUUGGCAGAGAUCUCAUUUCGGCGCAUCAUGUGUUGGAACAGCGAACUGGACAUGAACGUGAACCAUAUGCACAGAAAUUAAAAUUCGGUUGGGUAGUUGUAGGAGAAUCGUGCCUAGGUCUCGUUCACAAACCUACGGUCAUAACUGUGAGCAAAACGGUCGUUUUACCGAAUGGCAGACCUACUCUCAUGGAUCCGUGUCCGAAUUACUUCAAGGCUCAGUUUGAAAAAUCCGAUAAGUUGCCAAUUGGAAUGGACAUAUUUCAAAGAACAAAAUUCGAUGAUAUUCCUGGUUACUCGCAACAGGAUAAGGAAUUCAUGCGUGUCAUGGAAGGGGAGUUUAUUAAGGACGAGUACGGUAAUUGGAGUGCACCGUUACCGCUAAAAAAGGAACGACCCACUUUGUCAAACAAUAUGGAUCAGGCAAGGCAUCGCGCAGAAAAUCUACGAAAGUCGUUACUGAAAAAUCCUACUAAGCGCGAACAGUUUUGUGCGUUUAUGCAAAACACUUUUGACAAGGAGCAUGCAGAGGUAGCUCCCGAGUUACAAGACGGCGAGGAAGCAUGGUAUCUACCGAUAUUCGGGGUUUAUCUUCCCCAAAAACCCAACAAAAUCCGAGUCGUGUUCGAUUUGGCGGCAAAGUUUAAUGGACAUUCGCUUAACAACAUUCUCAUGACAGGUCCGGAUCUCAUAAACAAUUUGGUUGGUGUGUUAAUGAAAUUCAGGAAGGAACGACUUGCGAUUAUGGCCGAUGUUGAACAGAUGUUUUUCAACUUCUAUGUGCACAAGCGUGACAGAAACUUUCUACGUUUCUUAUGGUUUCAAGAUAAUGAUCCCACACAACCGCUAAGGGAAUUUCGUAUGUGCGUGCAUGUGUUUGGCAACUCGUCUUCUCCGUGUAUUGCCACACUUGGAUUAAGGAAAUCUGCUUGCGACCAUAUCGAUUCUUCCGCGUGCGACGAGGUGUGUUGUUUCGUCAAAGAGAGCUUCUACGUUGACGAUGGGUUGACCUCUGUAUCUGACGAAGGUCACGCAGUGCAGUUGUUGAGAGACACUCAAGCUCGAUUACGGCAAAACGGAAACAUUCACUUGCACAAGUUCUCGUCGAACAGUGUUGAUGUUUUAAAGCAGUUUCCAAAAGAGGAUACCAGCGAAAUUUGCGAUAUGGACUUCGAUGAUGUCGUUCAUAGGAGUCUCGGACUACGUUGGAAAGUCGGUUGUGAUACGUUCACGUUUAGUGUUUCUGAUGAGGUGAAACCGUUCACCAAACGAGGCGUACUUUCUACAAUACAUAGUGUAUUCGACCCCCUCGGCUUUGUGGCACCAGUUAUUCUCGGAGGCAGACUAGUAAUGCGAAAUGUGUUAUCGUCAAAUGAUCUUGACUGGGAUGACCCUUUACCUCCGGACUUGAACUCUGAUUGGAAAAAAUGGAGGUCUUCGCUUAAAGAUCUGGAACAGUUAGAAAAUUUCGAGAUGUUACUCCAAUUCGUCAUUGGAAAAGGCAAUUCGUCGUGA